UACCGUUUCUAUGGUUGCCGGACAAACCUCCUGCACCAGGUAUUAAACUGCCCCCGGAGAGAUCCUUAGCCGCUGCCACUGUUAUAAAGACCUGCUUUUGAGACGUUGAAUUGAACAAGCGCGCAUCAGAGCGCCAAAGACAUCUCGAGGUAUUUCUUCAGACAUUUUCAACAAGUGCAAAUCCUCAAGGCUAAAGUGAGAUUAAUAAUUUAUCAAUUGGCCAUUUGGAUUGUAAGGUAUUUUCUCAGCAUUAUAUCAGAUCAAGGCUGUUGUCUGGUGGUAUAGGAGUGAGCUUUAGCCAUCGGAGCGGAGGGUGGACCAUGCUGUCUCUAAGCUGUGCAGACCCCUGGCCCGAGGGCUCGGUGGGGCUGGAGGAGGAAGUGGUGACUGCCGCUGCUCAUUCUGAGGAGCUGGACCUGGACGACAGUUCAGCCUCUGCAGGCUCCAGCAGCACUGGGGGCUCUGACAACCUGGAUGACAGCCUGACCAGCCUGCAGUGGCUGCAGGAGUUCUCUAUUCUCAAUGCCAAUGGGCCUCAACAGGCUCCUCUCUCCACUCACCACCAGCCUCACUUCUUCAGCCAUCAGCAGCUGGGCUCAGAGGCUCCCGCUUCCCCUCUGGCUGGUGACCCUGCAUCCAUAGGGAUGCCCCUCACCCCAGGCAAGCCCACAGCAGCAGCCUAUUGUAGGAUGCAGUCCCUGUCAGCCCUCCCUAGCCUGGUGUCCCAUGGUCACUGCCCCGAUGAGGUGGACUACAAGACAAACCCUCAUAUCAAACCACCGUACUCCUACGCCACACUCAUCUGUAUGGCCAUGCAGGCCAGCAAGAAGACCAAGAUCACCCUCCCCUGCAUCUACAAGUGGAUCACUGACAACUUCUGCUACUUCCGCCAUGCCGACCCCACCUGGCAGAACUCCAUCCGGCACAACCUGUCUCUGAACAAGUGUUUCAUCAAGGUUCCGCGGCAGAAGGAUGAGCCAGGGAAGGGGGGCUUCUGGAAGAUCGAUCCCCAGUACGCAGAGCGCCUCCUCAAUGGGGCCUACAAGAAGAGGGGGAUGCCCCCUGUCCAGAUCAACCCUGCCCUGCAGAACAGGCUUAGGGCCAACCCCCAACCCCUGCCCAGGGGCCUCUGCAACUCCACUGGCAGCCAGAGUGGGCUGUGUGUCAAUCCAGAGGCUCAGCAGCUCCUCAGAGAGUUUGAAGAGGCCACUGGAGCCGACCAGAACUGGGACCCCUGUCUGGCCGAAGGCACCAUGCUGGGGGCAUGGCCCAUGAGAAAGGGAGGCCCUGGACACAAGAGGAAACACACACUGGGCUCCAGGACUGCCAUGGUCAAAGUCCCCUGGCGCUCCAGCUCUCCUUUGCUGUCUGUGGAGGAGUAUAGGGAACUGGGCUCCCUGAAGGGGAAUUUUGACUGGGACGCCCUCUUGGAUUCUGCGCUGAGCGGGGAGCUGAGUCUGGACGGAGGGGGUCCACUGAGCCCCAUCCCCCAGGAGGAGGACCUGAUGGUGCGGGGGACCCACAUCUGCCCCCUGGAGGCCCCUGCGGGGACAGCAGACAGCAGCCACGUGCUGGCGGAGACCCAGAGGAGCAGCGGAGCAGACUUUGAGGAGACGUUCCUGGCCACAGCAUUCCUGCAGAGUCCCUGGCCAGAGGAAGAGGAGCAGGGAUCUAUCAACUUCCUGUGCAGCUCCACAGUCAACCUGGAGCAGCUCUUUGACCUGGGAGACUCCCUCGGAGGGGACCUCAGCAGUAAGAUAGAGUAUCUUCUCUAAAGACAUGUUCUCCAAUUCUUUGGCCUUCAAGACUCGUUGACUAUACUGUGAUGAUGACACUACUAGAUUAUUGUUUAAAAAGAGAGGCACCAUAUGAACUAAAUGGACCUUUUACACAUACACGUUUUUUAAGAUUUCUAGAUUAUGUUUUUUGAAAUUGGUACAAUAAUGGAUGACAUCAUUAAUACCUACAGAGCAAAAAUGCCACAAUGAACUGCAGUAUUCUAAAUGAUUACUGGACAAAAACUAUAUCAAACCUACUGUUGGGACCAUGACAUUGGAUAAUAGACAUUAUCAAUAAGACUUCGCUCACAAAGAGAAACAAAAUAUUCCUGUCUGAGGACAGGAAAACCACCAAUAUGUCUUUGUUUACAUUCUGAAUACAUAUGUGGUAUUGAAUGGAUUGCAGGUUGACAUGGAUAGAGGAAUUGUCAUCCAGGCACAAGGUGAGCAACAGAACAUUGGAAUUGACAUUUUAGAAAUGUACAUUUAUUUUGCAUAAGAUGAAAUUACAAAGUAAGACUUUACAGUGACUGUACUCUUUGAAAGUUAUGGACAGUUUCGAGAUGCAAGGCCAAUAGCAAAUGAUGAGUUGAGGUGUUGUACCUGACAGUGAUGCAACGUUUUAGCUGCUUAAAAAUAGUUGGUUUAGCAUGCUGAAUAUUUCAUAAAGGUUUAGAUGAAUCCACCUCACAGGGAAUACUAUUAUGUGUUGUGAAGAUCUUUGGAAUGUAUGCAUCAGACUUCAGGAAUUUCGGUCCUGUACUGAAUUCUACUGAAAUGCUGAAUGAUCUGACUUUUAACGAUCUGUGGAUGCAUUUGGAUGACAUUCUGAAAAGUGUCUAUUUAAUAUCAAUAUACAAUAUCUGUAACUGAAGUGAAAGGGAUACUAUGAUGAUCAAUGAAGAGAUAUUUGCCAAAUUACUACUAAUUAGAAGAGUUUUUAGACUUAAAAUAGUUUUAUGUGUGGGGUUUUCUAUAAUGACUACUUUCUGAAUGCAUUCUUUGAAUAAUGAGCUUUUCACUUUAAAUGUAUAACAAUUUAAAACAGGUUGUUUUUAGCAAGCUUUAGAUUGUCAUAUUAUCAGCAGAGUGUAAGUUUAUAUUUAAUAUUCAUUAAUUCAACAAAUUUCAGUGAGUUAACCAGUUACAGAGAGCAGUAGAGGACAGAUCUGGAUGUCGUAAAGACAAGUUCAUUCCAAUGCAGAAUAGCUCAAGGCAAGCUUCUCCUUUGCAAAGGUUUCAGUGGCUUGUCAAUGAAUACCCGACCUUCAGGUUAGAUGUGCAAAGAACAACACUUGGGACCAGAAGACCAGCAGUGUUAGAGGCUGGGUUUUCACCAAGGAAAGCUGAUGGAGGCCUAUUGGUCAACAGAAGGACACAAUGCAAAAAAGAUGACAUAAACAAGCAGGAAUUACAUGAACAAAUGUUGAGUUAUGAGAUACUCUCUUGUUUUGUUUCAAGUCUACCUUUACCUGGAAAUUGCUGUCUUUCCUCUGGUCUUACUUAUUAAAGGUCGAUUUAUGGGACAAAAAAAAUGGUACAUUUUCAAACAGAAAUGGGGUGUACCUUUGGUGGUUCGUCGAAGUGUCAUUCUUGUCAUGCAUGCCGUGACCGAUGUAGACAGUUUGUUAGCUAAGAUACCCACUUUAGCUAGCCAGUAACUCCUCCAGUGUGUUGACGUCAUUUCACAGGAUUUGUGUUUGGAAAGAAGCUGUAGAGGUCGGUAAGAAAUGGCCCUUCUGUAGCCAAAUAUCUUGUUCAUAAAUUGUGGUUGUGUUUUUAAGCAUUAAAUGACCUAGUAUGAUGGUGCAUUGAUCAGUUAUACAGUUUAAAGCCGCUAUUUUUCUGUUUUUACCCAAAGUCGACCUUUAACAUGUAUAUUAAAAUGUACUAAUAGUCGUUAUCUUGCAGAAUAACUACUCCUGGUUUAUUAGUGUUGUAAAUCCACCAUGAAGUGUGAAAGUGCAAUCAAUGUACAGUGAGUGAUAUUUGGUCUAUUUUUACAUUACAUUGAAGGUUAGUAAUGCAGUGGACUUCGUCAGACCCAGUUCAUGGUUUAUUGUGGUACGGUAUAGAUGCAUCCUGAUGGAAGGAAACUCCUCCUUUAAAAGUGAAUUAACUACUACAAUAUUUUGUCAGUUAUGUAUUAGCUCUUCCAAAACACUGGUCAUCCAAGUUGAACCUAUUGGCAUCAUACCUCAAGAUUUCUUUUUAUGGAGAUAUGCAUUCAUACUCUGUUUAUUUUUCUGUUUUUCCUUGACAAUAAAAAAACCUUCAAACUUGAA